GUGAGUCCAGAGAGGAAGAGCUACUGCGAUACUCCUUCUCACCUGUUGAGCGUUCAGCAAAUCCAAAACUCGGGGAUUAACAGCUGUGAGGUGAAACCCUGUGGACUACAUACAGCUGUUUGGACAUCUGGAAUCAACCAGUUAGUGUCAAGUCAGUGAGUUGAAUGACCUCAAUCACUGUUUGAUUAAAACUCGACCUUUAACCAGGUGAGAAUGAGCAAGGACGCCACUGGAGCAGAGACCAUCUGUGAAGCACUCACGAGGAAAAAUGAAGAGGAUGAAGAGGGACAGGUGUCAGAAGAUGAGGAGCCCAGAGCCUGCGGUGUGUGUGGAGAUCUGGCCAAAGGUUACCACUUCAAUGCCUUGACAUGUGAAGGCUGCAAGGGCUUCUUCAGACGUGCCAUAAAGAGGUCAACGCAGCUCCACUGUCCAUUCCUGAAUAAAUGCAUUAUAACCAAAAACAACCGCCGGUCAUGUCAAGCCUGUCGCCUCCGUAAAUGCCAGGCAAUAGGCAUGCGCAAAGAAAUGGUUAUGUCUGAGAAGGAGGUAUUGGAGAGGAGGAUCCGAAUCAAGAAGAAAAAGAUGUGUAAUGCUCCAAUACAGCUUUCGUCCCAGGAGAAGGAAACCAUUCAGGAGCUACUCUGUGGACACCGCAGCACAUUUGACUCUGCAUUUUCCAGCUUCAGCGGUUUUAGGCCUAUGGACAGAAUCAUCCUUUCUUCGAGUGAGUACAACCAGCCUGCAAGCGAGCCCUUUAACCCACUGACCAACUGCUCUACAAACACCUGCACUAAAAGAACAUCCUCAUGUGCCGACUCCCUCUCCUCCUCCUCCUCCUCCUCCUCCUCCUCCUCCUCCAGUCUCUGUGGUUCCUUUGAAAAACAAGAGAACCAAGACAGAGAAGAGAUUAGAAAAAGCAGUGUUUUUACUGCUCUUCCACACAUGACUGACCUCACCACAUACAUGAUCCAGGACAUCAUUAGUUUCUCCAAAAGUCUACAGGACUUCCGGUCUCUAACCAUGGGGGACCAAAUUGCUCUGCUGAAGGGAGCCACAUUUGAAAUUAUGCAAAUCCGCUUCAACAUGGUGUUCAACACAAAAACAAGCAUCUGGGAAUGUGGCCAUAUUACAUACUGCAUAGAUGAUGCUGUACGAGCGGGUUUCCAGCCGCUCCUACUGGAGCCCCUGUUCAAAUUUCACCACACACUGCGCAAACUGGGCCUGCAGGAGGAAGAGUAUGUUCUCAUGCAAGCCAUUUCCCUGUUUUCUCCAGAUCGUCCAGGUGUGCAGCAACACUCUGUGAUUGAUCAGCUUCAUGAAAACAUGGCACUUACACUAAAAAACUGGAUUGACUGCAAGAGAACAGGCCAAGAAAAACACUUGCUGUACCCCAAAGUGAUGGCCUGUCUUACAGAGAUGAGAACAAUGGCUGAGGAGUACAGCAAACAGGUUCUGCAGAUCCAGGACAUCCAGCCCGAAGAUAUCUCUCCUCUCAUAUUGGAGGUGGUCAGUAAAAACCCCUGUAAUGACUUCUGAUACAGACACCUGCUGUACAUGGACAGCUCAAGCACUCUGGGUCCACGUCUGUUGUUUGAUGAUGGAGACCCCAAAACUGAAAAUCGAGCUGAAUGUGCUCCUUGAUUUAAAGCAAAGUAUUCUGUUGUUGUACUCUUGUUCUGUCAUGUAACAGUCUUGAGCAUAGAAUGCACAAAAUCCCAAACAAAUGAAGAUGCUUGUUAACAUCGCAGUCUUGAAUGAGUUAAGUCCUGAGGAAAUGUUAACUCUCAUCUGUCAUCUGCACACAAGUCAAAGAAACCACAAGAAAGGCAGCAUUUUUACCAAGUUUGUUGUGUUUACUGGUUACAUUACUGUUGGAUUAUGGUGAAUUUGUCAUUUCUGUCUUGUUUUGGUCACAGUAAAUCCAUACUGUGUGCCUGUGAAUGAAUGUUGACUUAAAUUUGUGAGGUUUAUUUUUUUUUGUUGUUGUAAUGUCAUACAAAAUUGUCAGAGACUAUGAACUGUGUAUUUUCUCAGAGAAUGGAAAGAGCUAUAGUUGCAAAGACAAUCUUUGCUUUUUAUAUUUGUUACCUCAGUUUGUGUUUGGUUUUGUGCUUUGAUCACGUAAGACAAAAAUGCUCUAUACUUAUUUGAAAUAAAACUGACAAAGUGAAGUGAA